AGCCUCGCAUCCGAAGACAAAACCAACACCCAUUCUCCUUGUGUACGGCUAGUUUUAUUUCAAUAAGCGACAAAGAUGUGUCAGUAGGUUUCGUAUAAAAUUAUUCGCACACAUUAAAACACAACAUCUGCAAGCUUAAAGUGGAAACGUAUAGGCGCAAUAUUCCCGCUGAGAAAAAUAGCCGUCGAGCGUAUGAGAAGAUCAGCUUAGCUUGACUAACGUAUGGCGCACUGAUCGGAGGCUGUGAGGUGAACGGGAAGCACCGGACUCAAGCAAAAGCAGAAGCCCGCUUAGCACGCACGGCAAGGCGGGUGUGUCGUUACCCGACUUACGGGGAUUCGGGAGGUUUCACAGGCCAACGCUGAUGUUCCAGAGAGUACCAGCCCUGGGAUGUAUGAAGGCAAACACAUCCACUACUCAGAGGUGGACCAUAAGCCUCUGUGUUCAUACAGUCCAAAGCUUUGCAAGCAACGCAGACUUAAUGGUUACGCUUUCUGUAUCCGUCAUGUGCUUGAGGACCGGAGUGCCCCCUUUAGGCAGUGUGAAUAUGUAGCCAAGUACAACAGCCAGCGGUGCACCAACCCAAUACCGAAGGCUCAUGACCGGAAGUAUUGUAACAGUCACCUUCAGGUUAUGGGUGUCCUUCCCAAGAAGGACAGAAAGAAAAAACAAGAUGCCAUAGAGUCUUUGGCCCUCAACAUCACCGUUCCAUCCCUAGCUCUGAAGGCCCACAAUGGGCUUGAGCAUUUACCCCCGUCCCCACCAUCCUCCCUGGCUUAUCUACUCCCCUCAGAUCCCUUUUCCUUUUGCAGGGAAGACAUUUUUUUAAAACCAAGGGGCACACUCCUGAAGAAACCCCAAGAAAGCCAAACUCUGAAUCAUAAGCAGAAACAGCAAGAUCACAGUGUGGACCUGGCCCCUCUUUCUUCAACCCCUGUACGUUCUUGUCUCCCAACUCCACAGACUGGAAGAACCACACAAACACCUUUACUUCCCUCCUCCCCUUGCACACCAACCCUACAAACCUCCAAACUGCAGUCAGAUUCAUUAUUCAAAACAUCAACACCUCUUCAGGCCAGCCACAAGGGCUUGGCAGAACCAACUCCAACUGACCACAAAACUAAUCUGAAACUUAAUCAUGCCUUUGACAAAAAUCUUGUGCCUGCAGCUUCAGGGAUGCUAGGUAGUCAUGAUGACAAACAUAAACAUUUAAUAAAAAUGCAUUCAUUUGCAAUGCAACAAAAAUCUCCAUGUUUGGGGCAGUUCCAUAGAUUGAUGGACCAUCACAAGAGGAGAUACAAAGACCUGAACCCACAUUUAGGACUUGACUGGUCAGAAGACAGUGAAGAGGAGGAUGAAGACUUGGGGAAACUAGUGUCAUAUCCAUGCCAGAGACUACAAGAGAAGCACUUUGACGAGAGUGCCAGCAGUUCCCGUGCUGAGCGUGUGGCUGGCUUCUGCUCAUACCUGAGACAAAAACACAGACACCUUUGCAGGGAGCAGAAGGGCUUCAGGAGGGAGAGGAGAUCUCAGCAUGCCCUUCGUAAAUCUCUGCUGCGGGCUGCAAAAGAGGAACCUCUUCAAACCGCACAGCUUAUUCAGGAACAACAUUCAGAGACCUCUAUGCCCUCCAGCACAGCAGGACCAUUGGCUGGACUUGCAGACUCAGGGUUGUGUUUGGCUGUCGUAAAAGGUGGAGAGUGCCGAAAUUCAGCCUUACCAUUCACCAGGCACUGCUUUCAACAUAUCCUUCAGAACCGUUCUCAGCAGCUGUUUUUGAGCUGUACUGCUCGCUUUGCAGAUGGAGCUCAGUGUUCCAUCCCCGUCUUUGACAUCACACAUCAGACGCCACUUUGUGAUGAGCACGCCAAGAAAAUGGACAAUUUCCUUCGAGGUGACAUCAGCCGUAGAACAUACCACCACCACCAGCAGAUUCAGCGGCACAGGCCACUGAAGAAAGCAAAGCCUCCAGCCCUCAGUAAAAAGCAUAAGAAGAAAGGCAAGAGAAGAGCACCACGGCGCCCACAGAAACCCAUUCCCCCCGCACUGCCCCAGGGCAAUCUGGGCAUACCUUCCAUCUUGUGCCUGCCCACACAGCCCUCUGGCAUAAGGAGCCCUUUAACUCCUGAUCUAAGUGCAGAUGAAUUUCCUGAUGACAUCACCAAUGACAUCAGCGAUAUUCCACAUGACCUGGUGUUGAAUCAGGAGGAUUUCUCAGAUGUUCUCCCUCGACUACCAGAUGAUCUGCAGGACUUUGAUCUUUUUGAAGGUAAAAGUAGUGAGCUGUUGCCCACCUCUGAGGAAGCAGAAGAACUGGUUCGUGUUCUGCAGGCCAUGAGCUCGUACCCCGAAUCCCUUGCAUGUCUUAGUGGAAUAGCUGAGCUUGGUCCUGUAGAAGGGGCAGAUUGUCGUAGCAUGCCGGGGGGAGUUGUGGAUCUACUCAGUGCACGGCUAUCUGCUGAAACUCUUUCCAGCCUGGAGCUGGACCCCAGUCUGCUCCCUACUUCUGAAGACACUUUUCCCCCAUCACCUCCAUCACCACAACCCCCUCUCACUCCCCCGUCCUCUGUGGGCCAUCUCACAGACUGCACAUACCCAAAGAGACAACCUCAUCUCCUAGCUAAAAUGGGUGAUGCCACAGUAGAUCUUUGUGAUCUGCCCCUUGGCAAGGAUGAGGACAGCUCUCAUGGCUCCUGGGGCGUUUUCACCCUUCCCCUCAGCGACCCCUCUCAGUUUCACUGUCUUAUUGCCACUGAUGGCUUGCAAAUGUCCACAGCCCUUUCAACACCUUUGACCCCCGUGCCCUUAACCCCCUGCCAACCCUGUUCUGGCCUGUCUGCUUUACCUCAGAGCAGCCAGACUGUCCCUGUCACUCUCUCCACACCUGCAUCCUCCCUCUCGUCACCAACAUCGGAGCUCCUCUGCCCCACCCAAAGCAAGCACCUUCUCCCCCCACUGUUCAACCACUGUGGGAUCCCAGCAGACUUACAGCCGCACCACAGUACACCUGCACCACCUAUGGACCAGGCCUAAAUUGCAGGCUGAACCAAUUUGAUACAGUAUUCAGGGAACAUGUUGCAGGUGAUUUUCUUUUUUUUCUAUUCUUUCCAAAUGUAAGGGUCACUCAGUUCCCCAACCUCUGCAUAUUUUUCCCUUACACAUAAAGGACAUUAAGCAAUACAUUUCCUUGUCUGCUUAAAAUAGUUGCUUUUUCUAAAGCAAACUGAUAACUAGAUGGAUUUUAGCCAUUAAUAUCACUUGUAUCCUUAAAUGCAUAUUUAAUAUAUUUAUAGAGUAGCAGUCUGCACAACUAGUUUUAUUGAUGAGUGAAAAUGUGUGGUAACUGGUGAAAAUGUGGUUGCUGUGAAACGAUAACUGGGUUUGUUAGUGGCAAACAAAAGGGGAAAGGUGUCACGGUUGUAUCACUAUUUUGUCCCGUGUGAUGGUUAAAAAUCUAAUUGUUUAGGCAGAUGGUGUUUAUGUGCUUUUAGUAGCCGUUAAAAUAUGGGGUCUUGCUCUUAAGUGUAAGUGCCUGCCAUAAAAGCAAUGUAACACCUUUAUAAUUAGUGUAUUGCUAAUCUAAAAAAAACAUUGCAUUGUCACUUACUAAAAACCUGUAAAUGCACAAAAUCGCACUCCCGAACAUGAAAAGUGGCAUUUACAUCAAGAGUCCAUAUUAUUGACUUCAUGUAGGUAAUUCAAGUUACCAUAAUGUUACUUGAAGGUAUAAAACUUCUGAGUGUUUGUUGUGCUCCUGUGUAAGGCCUUUAGCUGAAGUGAUAGCAUUUGUGGGAAAUACAGUACAUGGUGUAAAGCUAUAGUUAGUUAUUCUUAUCUUGGCUUGUAAAGAAAGUAGUUUGAAGCCUUUACCCUCUUGUCAUCCCAAGUCUACAUUUGCAUUUUCACCUUUAUGUUCUUUGCAGAUGCUUUCUUACCAAAGCGACUUAAAAGAAAGCCUCUUUUUAUGUCCACAUCAGAAAAAUAUCUAUUAUCUAACUGAAGCAGUAUACUGAAAUUAUGUUUGGACAAUUUAGCUUUUAAAGAGAACAAUGAACAUUUAAUAAUGAUAUAUAAUUAAGGUUUGGGUAGACUUGCUGUUGUACCAGAUAAUGCUGCUUUUACCAACAGGCAUACAGACAGAUGAUAUCCUUGCACACAGAGGGUCGUCUCAUAUAUUUUAUACUUGUAUUCACUGAAUGUAUUAAGUAAAAAAAAAAGUUUAUUAUAACCAAUUAAAAUGUUAUGGUCCUUUUAUUUGUUCAAGGUAUUUUUAUGUAUUGACAUGUUUACUUUUGUUACUAAAGUGCUUGGAUGUGGGCGUGUGUGUAGAAAAAGUGUAAGAGAUUCUAUUUGUUUUAUUUGAAAUGUGUGAAAUAAAACUGCUAUGA